AGAACUGAUGCUAUGAAAAAUUAGAUCGAUUUUAGCACAAAACUAAAGUAAGAAAUUCUGAAGAUAUUAACGUCCACGAGAUUUGCAGGACAAUAAAUAAGAACAUUAAAGAACAGCACUGAAUGGAAUGAUGGAAUCAAACAACAGUUCAACAGAAUAUACGACAUUUCAGAGAGAUCUUUCGCUAACGAUUGGUAUUCUACUGCUGGUAAUAUCUCUUGCUACAAUAAUUGCCAACGCACUACUUCUAACUGCCAUCUGUUACGAUCCUUACAAAUGUCUUCGUAACGUACCAAUAGUAUUUGUAGCAAACCUCGCAGUCGCUGAUUUGUUGACAGGACUUGUUGUGGAUCCAUUGCUUGCUGUUUACCAUUUUGGUAUUUAUCAAAACAAGCAUUACUUGAAAAUACUCCAUGUUUUUUACUACAACGCUUAUUUAACGGUCACCAACGGUAUAGUCACAAUAGUAAUACUCAUCAUCGACCGAAGUGUGGCCAUUAAAAAACCUUUCCUGUAUCGUCGAGUUAUGACACUAAAAUCAGCUGCACUUAUUGUGGCCAUUUCGUGGAUUUACUGUGGAUUUUUCUGCACAAUUCCUCUGAUGGGAAUGUCUGACAAAGCCUAUAUCUUACUGGAUACACAUCUACAUCUAACUUUCUCAUUUUUCUCAUUGACUCUCUUAUUUGCUUUCAUAUACUCCAACUUGAAGACAGAGAAAAGGCGGAAACUGAAAGAAGUCACAUCUAUGGAAAAUAUAGACAAUGCAACUAAAGAAAACAUUAAAAGAAUGAAAUCUGACAAGCGGCUUUUGGUGACAAUAUUCUUCAUCUUAUUGCUCUUUUUUCUAGCGUAUUCGCCUUACGCUGUUUUCAUUCAUUUGAAAUUUUUCUGCACAUCCUGCAGUAAAUCUAACUUCUAUUAUUUCUUGAGCCGAACAUCCGAGCCCGCAAUGUGUCUGAACAGUGUUCUCAACCCAUUUAUUUAUGCGUGGAGACACAGGAACUUUCGUAAGGCUCUAGGAUGGGUCGUGAAGUGUCGUGGACGAAAAAGGCCGAAUGUUUGAGAAUAUGGAAAAAUAGGCAUUGCCUGA